AUGGUUGAUUUUCGUGAGAAUUUGAUGUUGGGAAGCGCCGUUGCUCCCAACUUCUUCGUGAUGCAUCUACUCGGUAUUUGGCCGACGAAGACGAGCACCAGGUUAUAUAAAACGUACGCGGUGAUCAUCACCAGCUUCGUCUUCUUUCUGUACAUCAUCUCCGAGCUCGUGAACAUCGUGAUAUCUUUCGGCGAUUUGGAGCUGAUCACGCAAGCCUCGUUCCUCUUCCUCACUCACAUGGCACAGCUGGUAAAGCUGUACUUCUUCGGCAGAUACCGAAACCGCAUCCAGAGCUUGACGGACAGCUUGGAGCGACGGGUAUUUCAGCCGCGCAACGGGCGGCAACUGGUGAUGGUCAAAAGGUCGAUGAGACGAGCUACAGUUACGUAUUACGUCCUCAUCUCCAUGUCCAUUGCGACGUGCAGUCUAUGGGCUGUUUUUCCUAUGAUCGAAGUAGGCGAAAACGGGAUGGAGCUACCGUUAAGUGCGUACUAUCCCUUCAGCACUGAUCUCACUAUAGUCUUCAACGUGAUCUUCGCUUAUCAAAUCCUCUCGACUGCUAUAAACGCUGCAACAAAUGUCAGCAUGGACACGACAACCUCCGGCUUCAUGUCUUUGGUUUGCGGUCAACUCGACAUCCUCAACGACUCGUUAAUUCACGUCAAAGACUUUGCUGAAGAGCAAAUUUCUUCAGAUCGUUCCAUCAGUUUGGAUGCAGCGAUGGAAGAGAAUCUCGUCCACUGCGUCGAUCAUCAUCGUAACAUAUUACAGAUGACCGAAGAAAUCGGUACACUCUUCGGCAUCACCACUUUAAGCCAAUUCGCAGCAGGCGCUAUAAUCAUAUGCAUCACAAUGUUCGAACUAACUCUGGUGUCGCUUUUCAGCAUCAAAUUCGUUUCCAUGGUACUUUACCAAGGUUGCAUUCUCGUCGAAAUCUUAGUUUACUGCUGGUUCGGUAACGAAAUCAUCCUUAGGAGUUCAAAGAUCGCCAAUUCGGCUUACCACUCGGAUUGGACGGACAGUCCGACGUCCUACAAACGCAAACUUCUUCUAAUCAUGACCAGAUCCAGAGUGCCCAUAAAAUUAUACGCAGGCAACUUCUUCACCCUCUCCUUGGAAACUUUCAUGACCAUACUUCGCACCUCCUGGUCUUACUUCGCCGUCCUCAAUCGCGUCCACCAAGAUUAA